AUGAAUCGAGAAGGUUCAAGGAUGUCUAAAGUUGGGGAGCAGAAACAAUCUGUCCUGUGGCAGAACGGACACAGCACUGCAGAGAAUGAAGUACUGAAUCAAAGUACCUCACCUGUAUCGUCCUCAGUUUCCAUUCGACCUACUUUCCUCAAAGAAAUCUGGUGUUUAUGGCGCAUUUUGAACCUUCUUAACUUGUUUCAGCUGGAAACAAUUCUUUUUGCGUUGGUUUUUAUACUCAAGUGUAUCAUCGUGGUAGAGGGUCUUUUCCUGAAUCACUACCCGUAUGAGAAUGAUGAGAGGCAGCAGAUAGCAGAUCGCAGAAUUGUGAUUGGGUCAAAAGAGCCGCGUGUCAUAAAUAGAAGCUUGCUGGCAGGUUAUCGGGGAAGGCCUGGAAAUAAAAUGAGACAAAGAUUUAGAUAUCCAUGGAGAUCAAGAAUCACGAAAUUUGCGACGAUCAAAGCGAAUCCGGACAUUUGCCGAAACCACUCGAGGGUUAACCGAGUGGAAGACGAGCCCGGCCCAGUCGUGUGUUUAAGAAAGUCAGAACAUGACCUUUUGGUACAAUUAGGGUCUACUGGAGGGUUAAACAAACGAUAUGCGGCUGUUAACAUCACUGACGCAAGUGGUUUUGAGGAUCUAACCACUUUCCCGGAGGGACAACCGAAGACACCCGAUCAUGAUCCGAAAAAAACCGAAGUGAUGAACUUGACGGAAAGCACGAAGCACCAUGCACCUAUGCGCCAAGCUGACAAAGAGGAACUUGACUUGAAGAAACAACAGCGCCUGAAAAGGAGCCUUCCUACGUCUCCAGGCACAUUUUUCCGUGGGUGUCAGAAACGGGGCACAAUCACAAAAGGCACCAAUUUGCACCGCUUAUGCACGGAAUGUUCAGCCACCACUCGGCUUAGUGACGAUCGGUUCCCAAAGUACAUCAACGAAGUUAUUUGCCGGGAUAGCGACCACCAGUGUGCUGCCAACAUGGGGCGUUGUUUCCAGCGAACACACAAACUUGAUUUCUUGCGGUUUACUGGCAAGUUCGCGCCUGAUAUUAAAAUGACUAACUUUGCUGGCAAGCCUGUGUAUAAGGAAGUGUGGGACCUCUACACACAGGAGAUUCGAUCGUGCUGUGAGUGUGAAAUGUACCCUCAUAUUUAUCGUGCGAUUAAGUCGAGGAAUGGCGGAGAUGACGGAGAUGACGGAGAUGAUGACGGAGAUGACGACGACGACGACGACGAUGAUGAUAGAUAAUAACGAUGAACGAACUGAUGAGAGUUGAUCUUCUCGACACCUUGUUCCAACUGUUAUCGUUGUUUUACCCUUUUGCAAAUAUAUUUGUGUAUAUAAAUUACUGGUCAUUUGCAUAUAUUAUGAUCGUUUAUGCACAACCAAAGGACCGGUGAUUUGCAUGGCGCA